AUGCUAGCCCCUGGGCAGAGCACUGGGAGGCACGGCAGGGCCCUGCCCAGUGGCCUGGCGCCCCGUGGCCCUGCCAGCCCCGAAGGCAGCCGCGAGCUCCCUGCGGUGGGUUUGCCGUCUGACCUUUCCCCUCUUCCCUCGCUUAGCCCAGACGACGACUCCUGCCAGAAGUUUGUGCCAUUUGUUGGGGUGGUGAAGGUGGGGCUCGUGGAACAGUCCUUCAGCGCCUCAGUGGACUCUGAUGACGCCACGGUCUGCACCAGUUCCCUGCUGAGCUCCGCACCUCCAGCCAGCGCAGGGACCCCCCACAGCAAGGAGGCCAUGGGCACCCCACCGCCCUCCCCGUCUGUCAGCAGCGGCCUCUCGGGGGCUGGGUCCCUGAGCCCCGGCGUGGAGGUGAUGGGCCUGCAGGUCGACUACUGGACAAGCCAGGGGCCGGAGAAGAAGAAGGAGGGAGAGAAGCGGGAGAUGGGCUUGAAGAACACACUGAAGAGCAACUUCCGCUCGCUGCAGGUCAGCCGCGUGCCCAGCGCCGGGGAGCUGGUCCCCCCCAGCACCAUGGCCAUGACCGUGGUCACCAAGGAGAAGAACAAGAAAGUGAUGUUCCUGAGUAAGAAACCCAAGGAGAAGGACCUGGAGCCCAAAAGCCAAGUCAUCGAAGGGAUUACGCGCCUGAUCUGUACGGCUAAGCACCAGAACACCAUGCUCCGAGUGUCCAUCGACGGCGUGGAGUGGAACGACGUGAAGUUUUUCCAGCUAGCAGCGCAGUGGCCAACACACGUCAAGCAUCUCCCCGUGGGCAUCUUUGGCUACUCGAAGAGCGUAUGAGCCAGCCGGGCGGCCUGGGAGCCGGGACUCUGCUGAGUGUGGCAGGAGACAGCGAUGGCCAUGGCCUGUCCCUUCUGCUGGGUCCCGCUCCAGGCCCUGGCUGUUCCCACUCGGUUUCUUUCCCCCAGGGGGCUUUUAACAUGCAGCUCGAACUGGUGCCACAGGGGAUCCACGUGGCUUCCAGCGCUGCUGCCCCCCAGGCCAGCCUCCCACUGGCAGGGGCCACCCCAGGGAAGGGAGGGGGACUGGGAGCUGCUUGAGGGCGUCUUACUGGUGCUGCACCAGCAGACCAGGCUGCUCUGGCUCGCGCCGGGGGGUAGCUCAGCCAGUGGCACCCUCUGGCCAGGGCCUAACUCAGUCACCCCCUUUCGGCAGCUCCAGGGCCCCACUGGCAGCUCCAGGCAGUUGAGGGGUCUCUGCCCCACCCUGCUGUUUCGGUUAGGGGCUGUCACCCCUUGCUCGAGGCCCUGCAGCAGCCCCUAGACCUGGGCCCAGCCCCCCUGCCGCCCCCUGCUGGAGCUGCAGCCUGUGGCCAAGCUGAGGUUCUCCUAGCGCUGCAGGUAGGAAGCCACGAAUGUGGCAGGUGGGGGCCUCCUCCACCAUCAGCUCCAGGGCCCCAGCGCUAGGGGAGCUGUGCUGCAGCGAGCCUGGGGGGCAGGCACUGGCCAGGGGGAGCAGAAAGCUGGGCUGGCCCAGCUGUGCCCUCAGCGCCAGGAGCCAGCACCCGGCCCUUCACCGAGCCUCCACCCGUCAGUCCGAGCUGCAGCCCCCGCCCAGAAAUGCUAGGGGCAGGCCCACCCGCUGCAGAUGGGGGGACCCUGGGCACGGGCUGUGUUUUCCCAUUCACUGCUGGCAUGAGGUUCACACGAGGAGUGUGGCAGCCCCCCAGCCCUGGCACUGCAGCUGAUCUCACACUCCUGCCCUCCGCCUGGCAGACUCCAAGCCCAGCCCAGCCCCUCAUGCUGCCAAACCGCUCCCUGCCCUCGGAGACCCAAACUGGGGCCUGGGCGGCCGGCGGGGCCGUUACCCUGUUUUUUUUACAAGAUUCUAUUUUUUUUAAACUUACUGUAUGGUUGCUUUUCUGGAUUAAUUUUAAUAAAUUAAUGCUGGUACCACUGUGA